AUGGAAUCCGGCUUCACAGUCUCAAUUUGGCCGCUGACAAUGGCGGCCGCAUCUCUGGCUUUGGCUUUGGCUUUGGGAUUAGCCGUAGCUCUGAUAGCCACCGGAAAUGGCCAUCUUCAGCAGCAAGUGGCCAACAGCAAACAGUCGCAUCUUUGGCUUGAUUGCUCCUGCCUACAUUUGAACGAGCGGAAUGCCACCCAAUGGGGCAGGUUGGCCAUUAACGCCAGCCAGGCGCUGGGCGCCAAGAACAACUGCCUGAUGGUCUUCAUUGCCGGCAUGGAUGACGAGCUGGUGGCCUUUCGGCUCGAGCAGUUGCAGCUGCGCCCCGGCUGCUUGGACAGCGUGGACGUCUUUCCCUUUCUGCGGGAGCCCGUCAUCGAGAAUGCGACACUGGCGGCGGACACCUUCUGCCAGCACAGCCGGAACCGCAGUGCCACGCCUAUUUAUAGCGCGGGUCGAUUGCUCGGGCUGCGCCUCCGCUUCCAGCAGCCGCCCACCGAAUUGGACAGCUCCAGUUGGAACUUGACCCUAAACGCUAGCUAUCGAUUUCUGAAACGGGAAAAUUUCCGGACCGAUGGGCGCUUGGUGCCGCACAGCUUCUGCGACUUCUACUUCUUCGCCAGUUUGUCCGGCGAGGAGGGCAGUCUGGGCCAGGGCUACUUCCACUCGCCCCAGUUCCCCGCCCACUAUCCGGCGCACAUCAAGUGCGCCUACAAGUUCAUCGGUCGGCCGGACACCCACGUGGAGCUGCUGUUCGAGGAGCUGCAGCUGCCGCCGGUGGCCAGCGGCGGAUGUCAGUUGGACGCACUUACUCUGUUCGACGCGGAGUCCGCCCACAUGAGCACCGUCAUCGACGUGCUCUGCUCGACCCGUCCCACCCGCCGGCUGGUGAGCAGCGGUCCCGACCUGCUGCUCGAGUUCAACGCCAGCUCCAAUCGCACGGCCAAAGGAUUCCGGGGCAAGUACAAGUUCGUGUCGAAUGAGCCGGGGAUGCCGGAGGACACGCCCCCGCCUCCAGCGGUCUUGGAGGCAGCCAGUGUGGCGGUAAUGCCGGAGAAGCUCCAGCAGCAGCAGGCCGUCGCCGCCAAGGCUAACGGUCUGCCGACGGAUGCGGAGCUGUCGAAGCCCGGACGCUCAUUUGAACAAUGCAAGCAGACGUUUGACUCACGCGUAAACAAAUCGGGCACAUUCGACUCCAAUCAGCUGUUGCUGGCAAAACACGCUCUCGGCGGCGUUUUAAUUGGCGGCUCGAGAGUCCUGCAAUGCCGUUACGAAUUUGAAGCCCAGCCGCCGGAACGGAUCCAGAUCCGAUUCCACGACUUCAACGUGCCCACGGAGCACGAGAACUCGACGGCAUGUCAGCCGGGGGAUGCUCUUCACGUGGUCACCGAGGUACGCGGCCGGUACGAGACGCAGGAGCUGCUGUGCGGCGCCUUUCUGCCCAAGCCACUGAUGUCCAAUGGAGCACGGUUGCAACUGCAGUUCGUCGGAAAGUAUCCACCCGCCAUGACCAACAAGGUUCAAUACUACGGAUUUCGGGCGGAGUACCGCUUCCUGACCAACUUUGGCAUCAUGACCGGCGUGCAACAGGAGGACUGCUCUUUCGUCUACAAUAGCAGCGAGCGUAUAAGUGGCCUCUUUCACUCCCCAAAUUUUCCUGGUUACUAUCUGGAAAACGUGGUGUGCAAUUAUUAUUUCUACGGUGCCAGUGACGAGAGAGUUGUGCUGCAUUUCACCUAUUUCGAUGUGGAAGGCAUUGGAUCUUGUGACCACCAGACUGCCAGUGACUUUAUUGAGUUUUCCAACUUCAUGAGCACGGAUCGAAAGUUCAGCAGAUACUGUGGGAGACUUCCGGAUUUCGAAAUGCGUUCCGAUGGGCGUUUCUUUCGCGUCACCUUGCAUUCAAAUGAUCGCUUUGUGGCCAUCGGAUUUCGCGCACUGUACACCUUUGAAACAAUUCCCGUGAAUAACUCUAUUGCCGAUCUGCGAGAUAAUGCCUCCAUGCAGAGCUUCGUUUCGUCAGCUUUAUCUCCGCCGGUUACUAACUUGUACAAGUUGAUUUUUUAUAUUAUGUUCUUGUACUUAUAAAAUAUACCCAUUGCAGUCAAA